AUGUCGAACUUAGCAAAACUUGAGAUUGUGGCCCUUGAUAUUACUGGAAAGAAUUACUUAUCAUGGGUGUUAGAUUCUGAAAUACACCAAGAUGCUAAAGGGCUUGGUGACACUAUAAAAGAAGGAAAUAAAGCAACAUGUCAAGAUAAAGCUAAGGCUAUGAUAUUCCUUAGCCAUCACCUCCAUGAAGAGCUUAAAACUGAUUAUCUGACAGUUAAAGACCCACAAAUCCUUUGGAGUAAUCUAAAGGAAAGGUAUGACCACCAGAAAACUGUGAUAUUGCCAAAAGCUCGUUAUGAUUGGUUGCAUUUAAGAUUACAGGAUUUUAAAUCUGUGAGUGAAUAUAACUCAGCCAUGUUUAAAAUUACUUCUCAACUGAAAUUAUGUGGAGAGAAAAUUACUGAUGCAGAUAUGUUGGAAAAAACAUACUCCACUUUUCAUGCAAACAAUGUUGUCCUGCAGACAUGGUAUCGAGAAAAGGGUUUUAAAAAAUAUUCUGAUUUGAUAUCUUGUCUUCUUGUGGCUGAACAAAAUAAUGAGUUGUUAAUGAAAAAUCAUGAAGCAAGCCCUACUGGUUCAACUCCAUUCCCUGAAGCGAAUGUGACAUACCAUUAUGGGAAAGAUGUAACACCCUAA